AAUUAAAAAAUAUUUGAGGUUUUUAUUCAAUGGAAAUAUUAGUUCAUAAUAAGAAAUACAUUUAAUCAGAAACCCAAAAUUCAACAUUACCGAAUGUGUUUAUUUGAAAUUUCCUCCAAAGUAUCUGACAGAAACGUCGAAGAAACCGAGAAAUGCCGAAGAAAUAUGAAGUUUAAUACAUAAUACUACUGAAUUCAGAACCAAACAAAAUGUCGAUGGUACAGUCACACGGUGUUUCUAUAUCAUUUUAAACAAGUUUUCUUCAUAUAUUACUAACACACUGAUCACAAUAAGAAGUUGAGAUAAAUAUGUUUGAAUUCGAAAAAACGUAACUUGUGUCAAGAAUAUAGAUUAAUUAUAAUGCAAGAAAUUGGAUAUCCUUUUGGAGAAUUUUUGUUACUAUUUUUUAUGGAGGUUAGGAGGAAAGUGUUCCUCCAGGGAUAGUACUAUGGUCACUAUGAAUUCCGAAAAGGCUGCCACUAAGCGCAAGCCAGAGCCUAAUAAUGGAGGCUGUACAAAAUUAAAUAAUGAGGAAUCAAUCACUGUUCAACCUACACAGACUUCUGAAGAGUCACCUAAUCAUCUUUUGUACAAAAAGAUGGAGAAAAUUGUUGAAAAGAUGCAAGAUGAAACAACUGGUGUGCCUGUACGUACAGUAAAAAGUUUCAUGUCGAAAAUUCCGUCUGUUUUUACUGGUUCUGAUUUGAUAAUGUGGAUGAUGAAAAAUUUAGAUGUAGAAGAUCAACAAGAAGCUUUACAUUUGGCUCAUUUAAUGGCAUCUCAUGGAUAUUUUUUUCCUAUUGAUGAUCAUAUGCUCACAGUUAAGAACGAUAAUACUUUUUAUAGAUUUCAAACGCCUUACUUUUGGCCAUCAAAUUGUUGGGAACCUGAAAAUACUGAUUAUGCUGUAUAUCUUUGUAAAAGAACGAUGCAAAAUAAAACGAGAUUAGAAUUAGCAGAUUAUGAAGCUGAGAAUUUGGCACGAUUACAAAAAAUGUUCUCUCGGAAAUGGGAAUUUAUAUUUAUGCAAGCAGAAGCACAGAGUAAAGUAGACAAAAAGAGAGAUAAAUUGGAAAGAAAGGUUUUAGAUAGCCAAGAAAGAGCAUUUUGGGAUGUUCAUAGACCAAUGCCAGGUUGUGUGAAUACUACAGAAAUUGACAUAAAAAAGGCAUGUCAAAUGCACAAACCAAUUCAUGGUGUUAAAGUUAAUACAGCUCCCAAAUUGUCGCCUUCUACAUCUGGUUUAGCUCCAAAAAGUACUGCCGAACAAUUGAUAAAACAGAUUGAGCUACUGAAGAGUAGACUUGAUAGGAGGAAUAUUAAAAUAUCAAAAGCUGCUGAAUCGUUUGUCGCAUACUAUGAGCAAUAUUUAGAAUACGAUAGUUUUUUCGUAGCUCCUGAAAAUCCUAAUCCUUGGAUAGCUGACAGUCCUGAUCUUUGGGAACAAGAUAAAAUGGCUAAAGACAUAUCAGCACGUCGAGUUAAGCGUUGGGCAUUUAGUUUGCAAGAACUUUUGCAUGAUCCCAUUGGAAGGGAGCAUUUCAUUCGAUUUCUUGAUAAGGAAUUCAGUGGAGAAAACUUACGGUUUUGGGAGUCAGUUCAAGAAUUGAAAGCUUUACCUCAAAGUCAGGUUCAAGAAAAGGCAAUGGAAAUUUGGGCAGAAUUCCUAGCACCAGAUGCAAGCUGUCCUAUAAAUGUUGAUUCACGUUCUAAUGAAUUGACUAAGAAGAACAUGGAGGUACCUGAUAGAUGGGGCUUCGAUUGUGCAGCUAACCACGUAUAUCAUUUAAUGAAAAGUGAUAGUUACUCAAGGUAUUUACGAUCUGAAAUGUACAAGGAAUUUUUGAAUGGGUCGAAGAAAAAGACUUCGGUGAAAGGAAUUCGAUCAAUAGUUUCAUUUUCCACAAGAAAAGACAAUGUCAUUUAGUUGAAAUAUUCAGUAGGGAAUGGUAUUCUAAAAAUAUUGAUAAAAAUAUAUCGACAAUACUAAGACAGCCGUGUUGGCAUAUUUUAUUGAUUUUGUAUCUCAAAUAAAAUAUUAUUUGAAUUUAUGAUUGUAUUUAAUAUAAAAUUGAGGAGAGUGAAUGUCAUUUAAAAUGAGUCGGAAAUAAAAGAUAUUGACUCGAUAUUCUUUGAAUGCGGUUAAAGUGACCCAGUAUUGUGAUGAAUUACAUUGUGCUUAUUGUGUAAACGUUGAUAUUAACAUUGUAAAUAAAUGAUUAUAAAUUAAAAUUCGAAAAUAUAAUAAAAAAUUUUUAGUGGAUGUUUUGUUGCCUUCGUUAAAAAAGUACCUUGUGAUAACAUGCACAAACGAAAAAUGGAUAACAACGCGUAUAUAUUUAUAAAACUGAGAGUUAAAGGAUGUCACUUACGAUGUAAUGUAUGUAUGUGUUGCAUGAAUGUUUUAAAAAGUACUAUUAUUCAAUGAUGUUCCACAAAUACCGAGUCAAUGUCAACCCAUUUAUUUUCAAGAGUUGUGAUUUCAGUUGGAGCCUUUGCAGUGUAGGUUUUUAUUUGUGUAAAAUAUGACACUGCCAUUUUUAAUCAUGAUGACUGUUGUAAGGGUGUUUACCCUAAUUUUAGAUAAUGUUGUAUAAUUGACCAAUAGGCAAUCGGACUUAGAUUUUUUAUGUAUAAUAUUUGUUGUGAAAUAUGGGACCCGAAAGUUAUAAAGUUAUAUUUUCAAGAACACAUUUUGAAAUACAUCUAUAACAGUGCAUUAUGACUCAAGAAAUUUUACAUUUCAAGCUUUGUAAAUAACAAUAGGCAGAACUAAAUAUUUCAAGAUGUGUCGAAAAAUAAUAAUUUAAUGAGAUUAGAAUUAUAAUAAUGUCACAAACAUUUCAAAAUAUCUACAAAUUUCUGAUAGAACCAAAUAAUUUGGAAAACAAGUCUUUUUUUUUCUUCUAUGUAGAUAUUUGUCAAUUCAAUGUGAUUUAUUUGUGCAGGCAUAACUUCAGUCAUAUAAUUUUAUUUUGAAGAAAAUAAAUUUAGACCUGUUUAUUGAGAAAAUUGUGGGUGAAGUUAACAUUAGGUAAUUGCAUUUUAUAAUUUAUUUUAAAAAUACUAGAAGUGUUAAUAUGAUCAAGUUUAUAUAUAAUGGUUUCUAUUUACGUAUUAAUAGAAAAAACGACUAAAUAAAUAUUAAUAAAAAAUGCUGUUCAAAAUAUUCUAGUAAAAUAUCAUUUAAAUAAGAAAGCUAUAAAACAUACUCUCUGAAGACUUGUAUUAUUUUUUCGGCCUAUAAAAGUCUAUAAUUACAUUUGUAAUUAGUGAAAUCAAAUCAUUAAGUGAUAACUCGCUUAUUGCAUGUAUUUUGUGUGAACUCUAAUUUAAAAAAUCAUUAACUGCACCGUUGACAGCUUUGGACGUUUUGUAUUCUAGAGACAUAAAUAGAAACCCGUCGUAUAAUUAUCAUAAUUUUUGUCACGUUUUCCAAGUUAUUUUCGUUUAGUAUGAGAUUUUGGAUGGUUUAAUUAAGGACAGAAACUUGAUGACAUGGAAUAAUAGAAUAUACAUGGUAUGUUUUAUAAGAAUAACACCCUAAUGUCAAUAAUUUAAGUAUGUAAUUCAUUCUAAACAUAAUUUACUACCACGACAUCAACUUUCAAAAUUACACUGUCUCUGAAAAUGAUAGGUUGGUGAUUGAAAUGCACCUCAGGUAGUGUAAUUGUAAUUGUAAGUAUAAUAAUGGUAAGCAGUGUGCUUAUUAUGAAUAUUGGUUUCAGAAAUUGUUUAUUCUUUAUAAAUAUCUUUACUGGAUGUUUGUCACUUUCAUAUUACAUGUUUUAUUUGAAAUAACCAAACAACAUUCACUUCUUAUAAAUUAUGUUUAUUUUAUUAUAUAAUUUUUAUUAUUUUACCUGAAUCGUGAAGGUAAAAAAUUUGAAUUUUCUUUUUCCUGGGUUCUCUGUAUGCUGAUAUUGUAUAAUUCGUAUUUAAUAUUAUUUUAGUCCAAUUGCCUGUUUGGAUUCAGUUUAUAAUGCUCUGACACUGGCAUUUAUAUUAAAAAACUUAGGUUCCUAUUAUUGAUAGAUAUUUAUUAUUUUGCAAAUAUUUUAGUUAAGAUUGAGUCUAGUCUUACGACUAUGGAGGGUAGAGGUAAGGAGAACCAUCUCUGUGCUACAGAAAGUGUCCAUCAAAUUCUUUACGUUAUGGAAGCGCUACUAUCGCAUGAGUGUAAAUUUUAAAUAAAGCGCUAGAAAUAAGAAUAAGGACAGAGAAAGAAAGAAGUGAUAAUUGACACUUUCUUACAAAUUCACAAUAAUUAAUUAACAUUCAGCGUUAUCUCACAGUAGUUUUUCUAGGUUAUAUUUACAAAAUUAUUUUGUACUACAUGAAUAGUUUAGAUUUUGUAUACCAAUAUUUAAUUAACGACUUUAGUCAUUUGAAAUAUAAAAAAACACUGCAUACUUCACUCUAUCUAAAAUAACAAAGUUCAUAUAUGUCGUCCGACAGGAGCGUCAUUCUGGUCAAAUUUUGAAUUAUAAUUUACCGUCUACAAGCGGAUAGUUUUUAAGCUAAGCCCCCAUACGAGAUGGUCCUCCUUACCUCUACCCUCCAUACUUACGACAUUUUACGUCAGUGACAGAAAGGAGAUAAAACGGUACGACCCACCUGUAAAAAUAAAUGAAAUGAUCAGAUCCGCCUUAAUGAUUGUGUUUGAAGUAGCUGUAGUUCACUUUGGAGAUGUAUAUGCUACAGUUAUAACCAGUUUCAGUAAAUUCUAGUAUCCUUAGUGUUAAAACUAAUUUUUUAAUACAUUUUUGACUAAAAAAUACUAGUUUUGACUGAGAAAUACUAGAUUUUACUAGUUAGAAAGAAUUAUUUCAAAAACUUCAUUUUAGUAGAAUAAAAGGAAAAUUUUGCACCUGAAAUGUAAUAUAAUGAAAAUAUUGUUCCACUUUUUUGAGCAACUUAAACUUUCGUGUUAAUUUUAAUUACAUUGCUCUGAGCUAAUGGACCAUUUUUAAGCAGCUCUGCGAGAGUAUUUGAGACUUCAUGAAAUGGUAGAAAUACCUAAAUUUGACACAUUUCCAGAAAAACAUUUAUAAUUUCGGUUGUUCUGUACGCAUAUUUUCUUGAAAUUCCAGUCUUCAAAAAAUAUAUAUAUAUCCAUAUAUAAUUUGUAAGCCCUUCUACCACUUAGUGGUGUAGGAUAUUUGGUUUUGUUUGUGAAAAUUUUCUUCUUUAACGCCUAAUCAGAGCCCUUUGGUCAUUCAAUAUUCCGUUUUAAACUUUAUCCCCUCACUAUUGUAAUUGUCUUUUCUCUAUGUAGUCUAAUGUAGGUUUCAUAUUUAGUUCUUUAUUUUUUCUUUUUUUGUCAUUCCUUCGAUUCCUCAUAAAUAUUUCAACUCUAUCACCCGAAUUUUACUUUUUUGUCGUUCUGUCAAUACCCAAGAUUCACAUCCAAAUGUUAGAAUUGGUCUAUGUAUUGUUUUGAAUAUUCUUAGUUUGUGUCUCUGGAUAUUUCUUUUUUAUUUAUGAAUUAUUCAUUGUUCAUGGCAUAAUAUGUUUUUGCAAUUCAGUUAUUUAUAUCUGUAUCUUGUGUAUUAGGUAUUAGUAGUAUUUAACUUGUUCCAGUGUUCUUAUAUUUAUCUUGGUCACUUCUUCCCAAAACACCUUUACUUUUGUCUUUUCCUUGUUUAUUUUCAUGCCCUAUUACUGCUGUGUUCCACACCUCAAUUUUUUUUUUCUUCAUUCUUUCCUAUUAAUACAACAUUCCGAGAAAAACAUUUACCAUGGCAGUUGUUAUGUUCGCAUAUUUUCUUCAAAUAAAAGCCUUCAAAUGAUAACUGGUAAUUAAGAUCUAUUAUAAAUGUUCAACGUAUCGAUCGGCACAUAGAUUUAUUUUAGUUUAUACUAGUAUUCUCUGCCCAAUAAAAAUAUGUAGUUACCUUUAGUUCUGAGUAGUAAAAACUGGUUUUAACGGUUUAAACUAGUUUUCCCUAGUUUAAACUAAAACUAACUGAAAACGGGUUUUAACGGUAACAUAUAUACAGAUAUCCACAUUCUCAGAAAUCAUAAGAUGGGAAAUUAAUCAAGCAAGACAUCCAAAAAAGUUUAUUGAAAAGUAUAGCAUAAGAAAUUGAACAACUGCGAUAGAUUCGAUACCUCGUUAUAAACGACACAUUUUGAAAUAAUCUCAGCAAUAUAAUUAAUAAAAGGCGGCACUGAACAAUGUCAUUUUUUGUUUUUGAAUAACUGUAGUUUAUAUUAAAUUUUUUUAAUCCAUAUGGGUAUAAUAUAUUACUCAUAUAACGAAUACUAAGUUAUCAACAAACAUCAAAAUAAGUUGUUAUGAACAGACUAUAUAGAUAGCAUUUUAGAACCUAGUGUUAAUUUGUAAAGGAAUUGAAAUCGUAAAAUUCAAUCAGAAUUGUCCAUAGCUAGAAUUAUACGUCGAAAUACAAAAUAAAUAUUACAAAGAAAAA